GAGAGACAGUAAGGGAGAUCGUGCCGGGUGAGCGAGCUGUUACCGAGGGAAGAUGGUGGAAUCUGUAGCAGCAACGUGCACGAAACUCCUUCCCAAACAUUUCCAAAAACCGUUUCCAUCACAACCUGGCAUUAGAUAUCGGUUACCUGGGGACAAUCAUAGAUAAUAAUUACUAAAACUAAGAAAGAAUCAUUCGCUCUUUGAUUCGGGUGGGACUCCUGUGUUGUGAUAGUCUGGGAGAGAUUUCUCGGCUGGGAUUGUUGACAAACAGUUUACUGCGUACAUACUAUUUUUUAUUAAUAAUAUCAUUUAUUCAUAACCCGCCUCUUUUGGGCUUCGGUAUUUUGGUGCUGCAGGCGAGGCUGUACCGACUGUCAACAUGCCACGGAGUAAAAAGGGGAAACGCGGCGGUACCGGUUCAAGUAAGGGCUCACUCCGACAGGAAGUUCUUCAGCUGCAGUUGUCAAAGACUGCUGUGUCGCGUCCAGGGAGGAAUGGGGGGAGAGGGGAGUCUGGCUUGAGUGAUGAUGAUUUAGCAUCUGAGGUGCUCAGUCACUACAGCAGUGCCAGCGAGAGCGCAUCAGUCCUGGAGGAGGGCAUAGGUGAGGUAGUGGAAGAACAGACUGCUCAGGAAGAAACAGAAGACAAACUGAAGCAAUGCAUCGACAAUCUAAUGGACAAAAGCGCUAAGACCCGUCUGGCUGCGUUGGAAAGUCUACGCUUGGCGUUUUCCUCCAGAGUCUUGUAUGACUUUCUGUUAGAUAGACGUUUCACCAUCAGUGACUGUUUGGAAAGAAGCUUGAGAAAAGGUGGAGGAGAAGAGCAGGCUGCUGCUGCUACAGUGUGUGCUCUCCUGUGUGUGCAGCUCGGGGCCGGAGUGGAAGGCGAGGAGGGCUUCAAGAUUCUCCGCCCCAUCCUCAGCUCCAUCCUGAUUGACAGCUGUGCCAGUCUGUCAGCACGACAGAGUUGUGCUCGAGCUCUGGGUUUGUGCUGCUAUGUGUCUGCCUCAGAAGAUGCAGAGGACCUGGUGAAAUCUCUUGGACAUUUAGAGAGUGUGUUUGUAGGUGCGUAUCCUCUGGGUGAUGGCACUCUGCCUUCUGUCAAAGCUGGGACCCCUGCUCUCCACAGCGCCGCCCUGAAGGCUUGGGCACUGCUCUGCACCCUCUGCCCUGCAUCUCAUAUCAACAGCAUUCUUAACCAUCACUUGCCGCGUCUGCAUGCGUGUUUAGAGAGCAGCGAGGUGAACUUCCGAAUUGCUGUGGGGGAGACUAUUGCUCUACUCUAUGAACUUGGACGUGACAUUGAUCAGGAGUUUGAGUACGAGGACUGUGAUGCGUUGUGUGACAGUCUAAAGAGUCUUGCGACUGAUGGAAAUAAACAUCGUGCUAAAAACGACCGCAGGAAACAGCGCUCAAUCUUCAGAGAGGUGCUGCACUACAUUGAGAAUGAUGAUUUCACAGAGGAAAAGAUCAAGUUUGGGAUUGAGACCAUAUACAUCGAUGGGUGGAUGCGCCACAGGAUAUAUGAUGCCUUUAAGGAGGUGCUUGAGUCUGGAGUCAGAUACCAACUACAGUUUAAUCCAUUGCUGAGGGAUAUUUUUGGUCUGGGCCCACCUCUCAUCCUGGAUGCCUCUGUCAAAGCCAACAGGAUCUCCCGCACAGAGAGGCAUCUGUUUAACUCUGCUGCAUUCAAAGCUCGGACUAAACUAAGGAACAAAGUGAGGGACAAACGUGCUGAUGUGAUGUGAGGAUGAAGAUGCAGAGAAAGAAGCACUACAUCCUCCAAACCCUCUCGAUUCACUUGACAUAAGUCAACAAACUGCCAAGCCAGAGACUUGACAAUGGAAAUGCAUGUCUGUGAGUGUGAAAGACUGGGCGUGUUCACGUGUGUGUGUGUGUCUGUGUGUAUGCAUUGUUUUGUUUUUUUUAACAUCACACUGUGCAAAAAAAAAAAAAAAUAGGAAUACUACAAUUAAACAAACAUGAAAUAUGAUAUAUUUUAUCCUAAUGAUAUUGCAACAACCUCUUGUAAGGCUGUAUUAAGCUGUUCUGUUAAAACCUAUUUUACUGCCUCAAAUAUUAAGUGUUUUUGGGGGGGAAAGGAUAAUUUUUAACAAUGAAAUAUUGCAACUUUGUACAGCUCUGCAAAGUGAAUUCUUUCUAGUUUUUCUAUAUGCAUCUUAAAAACUGACUUUGAUGGUGCACCUAUGAACUCGACAUGUAAACAAAUGAAAAAAAUGCAAUGGAACACACUCCAUGCCAGAGUUUGUAUCGACCACUUUGUGAAACUUUAUCACUGCCACUAAAACAGCCAUUGUUUUGCAUCCUAACUCUAUUCUGCUGCUAAAAUAAUGAGAUUUUAUUGGCCACAUCUCCCAGUCUGAACCGGUCAGCUAAGGUACUUGCAGCCCAGUUUGUUUCUGGAGAUGUAGGUCAUGUCUCGUACAUUUGCUUGAAUUUCUCUCUAAAUAUCAAAAGCCAUCUUUGAAUGGCUAUUAGGGAAAAUACUGAAGGGUGAUUUUGAACAAGAAACCAUAAUAAAUAGUGCAAUUAUCCUUCACAGAGUUGGAAGUGAUCUUGACAGAAAUUGUGUUUGUACCAAGAUUUCAUUGCUUUCAAUAAAACAAAUUAUGAGUGAA